UAAGUUUCAGUCAAAUCAAAUGCCAAGCGUUCGCAAAGCGACAGCAACUAACCUAUUAUUUUGUAUACAUUUCUACGUUUACCACAUUUAUUCGGGGAAAACUAUCAAUUAAUUUAGCCAUAACAAUUUAAUCAGUAGUGUGCACCCGUUAAUUUAUCGCGAAAGCCCCAUGUCUCAGUGUUGGCAGAUCGCUCUGGAAUGGUUAUGAAUUUAUGACGCUAUGGAAGACAAACAGUCUAAGUGCUUCGUGCCCGAGUGCAAUAACAAUGUUGGUGUCUUAUUUCCAAAGAAUGGGGAAGUGCGGAAGAGUUGGCUACUUGCCUUGAGGCUGGAACACUUAACGCCCGACCGUAAAAGCUUUGUUUGUAUGGAUCAUUUUGGAGAAAACGGUCAGCCCUUCACUAGAAUUAAGUCGCCACAUCCCAACCACAGCAGUGGAGAUUUUGCCUCAAUUCCAGUUCGACAUACGUCUAAAAAAGUGUGCCGAUUGUGCAUGACCGAAUCAUCGAACGUUACUGAAAGGAUAUUCAGUAAAUUGGACGCAAAACACACUAUAGCACAAGCUAUAUCUAUCUGUUUGCAUCCCUUGAAGGUUUUGCCUAGCGAUAAUCUUUCAAAGCUGGUAUGCGUAGAAUGUCGCAUCUUCCUAAAGGAAUAUCUAUCUUUUCAUACAAACUGCAUACGUAUGGAUUUGAAACAACGCCAGAUUUUAUUGCAACAAAAUAACCACCCUUCAAUCACUCCUCACACUGAUAGUGAUAGUUCAGAUACCAUGUACCUCUAUGAGGAAAGAUUGUCUGACUAUGAGAAAGACAAGGGAAGCAAGGAGAAAGUGAGCAAGGACAAUACAAAUGGCCAAAUAGUCAGCAAAGCCUCAAACGGCUUAAAACCGAAAACCUCCCAAAGUAAUCAAACUAAAAAGAAAAGCCAGACUGACAAUGAAGAACUUCUAAAGGUUUUGGAAGGAAGCGAAGACCCUGCACCAACAGGAAAAAGCAACCCAAGUGUCAUAAAUUCGGAUGAUAAGAUUGCAGAUGGUAUUGAAUCAAGCAACGAUCUCAAUGAAGAUAAUAUAGGUUUAGCAUCAUCGGAAAAGGAGGCGGAAUAUAUUGAAGACAUCAUCAUAGAGCUGGUAGACGAUGAUCGCGACAAUGCAGCUGACCAGCAGGAAGCUCAAAAAAAACCCGUUGCUAUUAAAUGCGUGGAAAGCACUAAAAACCAUUCAGUUAAAAGAAGUAUUGAUACGCCGGGUAAUAACAACAGUGUGUCUAAAAAAAGCCGAAUAGAUACUGAAGCAGGCGUUGAAGUGGCAAAUCAAUUUAGUUCGCCUUUAGGCCAAUUUCCCUGCAAAAUUUUUCGGUAUGCCUUCGACUCCCAAUUCAUUCUGAGUGAUGAAUACUUGUACGAGUUUCGAUUAACUAAAGGUAAUGUAAGACAAUUGCGUUGCAUUUUAUUCGAUUGUCCUGCAUUUGCGGAACAGUACAAGGAUGAUUCUUCAGAGUAUUUACCCUCAAUAGAGGUAGUCACACCACACAAUCACCGAAAUCUAACCACUAUUGCAAAGAAACAACAAAUGUUUUUCGCUAUCUUGUAUGAUAAGAUGAUGCGGGACAAGUACUUUAAUUUCCGAGUUCUUUAUGACGAUUUUUGCAAAAUUGAUUCAACCAUUCAGAAAUUCUUACCGCUGAGGAAUGUAAUUGGACAAAUAUGUAAGCAACCCCCUUUGCGUGGUACUAAGUCUGUACCGUCAUUCGACGAGUUAUUCAAUAAUAUAGAAAACGAUGAAUUCAAAAUGCUCCAUUUUAAUACAAAACAUGUUCAAUUUUAUCAGGAGAGACUGAGUACAGAAGAUGGAGGCAAGGCUCUUGUAUUCGCUAAUCAAGACGUAAUAAAAAAGUAUUCGCAUAGUAACAUUAUGUAUGUAGACUCAUCAUUUUUCAUAGAAUCGGAAGGAUUUCCAUUCACAUUAAUAACUGUGUUGCUUUGGGUGGAACCAGGAUGCUAUUACCCCAUCCUAUUUUCCUUGGUCAAUAUGAAGUCUAAGGACUUGUACAUGAAGAUAUUUAGCUUCGUUCAUGAGAACUUGGCGCCACAGUUGAAACCGCAGGAAAUUAUAUCCGAUUAUGAAGCCAAUCUUUACUAUGCGCUUUGUAUCGUCUAUGAAGAAUCGAGUAUAGGUGGAUCGAUGUUCUAUUUCAUCCAGAACAUUUACAAGAAAAUUUGCUCACUCAAUUUGGCAAGAGAAUUAGAACUUAACGCCAACUUCCGCAGCAUAUACAACAUGAUUCUCAUGUUGCCUCUUUUGCCAGUGAACACUAUUUUAGACGGCUUCAGUAAUAUUGAGUUCCAUGCCAGGGAGUUAGACCUGGACCACUUAACCAGUGAAUUAUUCCGACAUGUUCGAGAUGAAUGGAUUAUCAAAGUUACACCAGAGUUUUUCUGUGUGCACAGAUUAGAAAACAGAAUUAAUGAAAACAUGGUAGGCCCUUUCAAGAAACUUCGAGAUUUGCUAAUGCUGACCAGAAGUAAAUCGCCCAAGCAGAAAAAUCGAAUAUCCGCCAUUACCACUAUUGAAAAGUUGAUAGAAUUGGAUACAUUCCUAAGCGAGACUUUUCAAUCCCCGCUCAAACAAACAUUUGGCAAAGACAACAGCAGUAAUCAGAAGAAAGCGAUACUAAGAGCGUGGAAUUAUAUUGAAAUUCAUCCUAUGAUCAAUAUACACCAAUUCUUUCAAAAGGUUUUGGGAUACAUCAAGUGCAUGGAAAGUCAACUUUGGAUAUGGGGCCUAUAUCGAUUUGCGGGAUCAACUGACGACGGCUUGAUCAACGCACUGAAUUUUUCUAUUGUGAAAGACGAAACUGAAUCACCAGAAUUACAAGAGGGUGAACAUGACCAAGAGGACACAGAAACAGAGAUAAUAGGCAAUGAACCUGAAGAAAAUCCCCGAGAAGUAGCUGGGGAAUAUUAUAUCGAUAACGAAGGUAUCAUAAGAGAAGUGGAAAAGCAGCAAAUUACCAUCGAUCGGAAAAGCUCGGCGAAAACACAAAAACCGGAGCAGGAAAUCGAUGUGUCCCAGGAAGAACUAACAGGCCCUUAACGUAAAUAUCGUGAUUGAGAACCAUGCCCCAAUUGAACCCAAUUCAGCUAUCUACAAACAACUGAUUGUAUUUAUUUUCAGGUAACUGACUGAAUUGAACUUUGAAUACAAAAUUGAGCUAUUGUAAUUCCAUUUCAUUGAUUUAAAUUAUCUGUAUAUAAUUAAGCAGUUCACACAUGGAUCUAUUUUAUCAGCCGUUGUUUUUCACUGUUAAUAAAUAUAGUACAAAUAA